AUGGUCGCGGCGGCGGCGAGCGAGGGCGUCGACAUAAGCGAGAGAUAUUGUAACGGGCCCAAUGAAGUCAAGUCUUACCCGGUGUUUGGAGUGUGCUGUGUCGAGGUCGAGCUGGACGUCCUCACUGGCCAGUUCUUGGUCCUCCGCGCGGAUAUCCUACAGGACGCAGGCACGAGCAUGAGUCCCAUGGUCGACGUGGCCCAAGUGGAGGGCGGGUUCGUCAUGGGCCAGGGUCUCUUCACGUCGGAGAAGGCCAUCUACGACCCCGCCACUGGGAGGAGAAUCACGGACGGGACAUGGCACUACCAGGUCCCCACCGCCCACGUCCCCAGCUGA